AUGACUGUUGGAGCUCUACCCAUGCCAGACUCCUGUGUCAUAAUCUGCACAGCCCUGCGCUACUCCCACAGCUACUGGAACACGCAGCUCAAAAUGUGGUUUGCUGUGUGCUCAAUGUCCAGCACACCAACAUUCAGCAGCCCUGCUCUCCUUUACACUGAUGAUUCCCCCACACGUUCACAUCAGUGCCCAGUUAUACAGAGAUGUCAGACUGAGGAGAAAUCGAACUUGGCCCAAACUGUUUCUGCUCUUUUCAGGGCCACGGAAAGGGAAUGUGAGUCAUUGGCUGGUAGGACUGGCAUUCCUCAAGGGUACUGGAGCUUUUCCUGGGUAGCUGAGGAUGAGCUGAGCUUUCCAAACAACUGGAAGCCCGUGUCAGAUCCCCUGUGCGACAGAAGCAAAAUAUGUGACCAGAGUGGAGGUGGUGACCCCGAGUUUACAUGGAACAUUGUGGCGACAGGGGACACAUGGACAGAGCACCACCAAAAGACCGAAAAGAGAGCGGGAAGUCCCCAAGGAUGGGAGGAAGGUCAGUUUUUUUGGGUGAAUGGCUCCUCCUUUGGUGGUCCCUGGGUGCUGAGUCCUUGGCUGAGGAGUGGCCCAACUUCCUGCAGCAUCGACAUGGCCUUGUACCUGAACCCCAAGCAAAGUGGGCAAUACACGAUAUGGCUCAUUGAGCGGGACAAGCCACAACUUGCUCUCUUCUCAACUGACACGUUACCUCCUAUGACAGGGUAAGUGCUGGUUUUGGGUUGUUGUAAAGAUUGUUGUUGGAAAGACUUAUCCUCAUUAACGGAUAAGAGUCACGGAGGUGGCCGGAGUCCAAUACAUGUCAGAUCUAAAUUGUGAGGAAUUAUAUGAUUUUCGUAGCACGGGACAAUGCAUACUUUGAUGAUGGUCUGGAUCAUGGAUCGAAGCAGUUUUCAAAGAAUCGACCAUUUUACACUAAACUGGUAUUCAAUGCAGAUUCAGUGCUGGAUGCUAGUCAUAUACUUGGAAUUGUAGGCAGGACUGCAUUAUUUAUCAGUUUUUUUUACCUUAACCUUCAGCAGACUUGGCAAUCGCUACCACUGGAAACACAAUGUAAACUGGGGGUUGAAUAACUUAAGAUUUUUUGUAGACACCGGUACGGUGAUGAGAGUCGAGUUGACUUUGACAAAUCUGUGACAUCACUGAUAUUUUUUGUACGUCCCUGAAUCACUGUGCAAACGUAGAAACACAUGCUCACUCACUCAUUCUCCGCAUCGUGCUUUA